CCGCUAAAGCGAAAACCAAGAAGCUACUAAGAAAAUCGUAGAGAAACCCCGAGAAAGGUUGAGUGACAAACCGCCGCUCAUCACUCCCCUGCUACUUUCCCUGCUCCUAAAUCUAAUCCCACUUGCAUGGACCGUUUCCUUGGCGCUUCCACUAUCUAUUAACCCCCCCAUGACCUUGCGGUUUUCAAGCCACUCUCCCUCUCCCUCUCUCUCUCUCUUUCUAACUCUGUCUUUCACCUUCUGUACGCAUCGACCAUUGUAUCACAAGCACGGCUCCAGUUGUUGAGAAAGAGAGAGAAAUGUCAACAUCACUUUUCAUACCAAUCCUCCUCCAUUUGCUGACUUCCCUCUCUGUUUCAAAUGGGGCACAGCUAAUUCUAGUCAACAACUGCAACGAGACCAUAUGGCCCGGCAUCCUUGGUGGUGCGGGCCACCCCUCCCCCCGGGAAGGCGGCUUCAUCCUCACCAGUGGCGAGGAGGUCGUGCUCGAUGUGCCUGAGAAGUGGUCAGGCAGGAUCUGGGGCAGGCAAGGCUGCUGCUUCGACGGGGCUGGGAAGGGGUCGUGUGACACGGGCGACUGCUCUGGCCUGCUGCAUUGCCAGGGCACGGGCGGAACCCCUCCAGCGACAGUUGUGGAGAUGACGCUCGGAUCCGCCAGCUCGCCCCUGCAUUUCUACGACGUCAGCCUGGUGGACGGGUUCAACCUGCCGGUGUCGAUGAAGCCGGUCGGGGGUGGGGUCGGAUGCGGCGUCGCCUCAUGUGAGGUCGAUUUGAACGUGUGUUGCCCCUCGGCAUUGGAGGUGAGGAAAGGUGACAGGGUCGUCGGGUGCAAGAGCGCCUGCUUGGCGAUGCAAUCGGCUAAGUAUUGCUGCACCGGCAUGUACUCGAAUCCCAACACCUGCAAGCCAACCGUAUUUGCUAAUCUGUUCAAGGCUGUUUGCCCCAAAGCCUAUAGUUACGCUUUCGAUGACUCCUCUAGUCUCAAUAGAUGCAGGGCGUCAAGGUAUGUGAUCACCUUUUGCCCCCCAAUUUGAUGUGGAGUGAACAGGAAGAGCAGCCAUAAGUGCUAAGUUCAGUAGUGGGAGUGCUUUUAGUACAUUUCUGAGUUGGGUCUUGUUCCAGACAAAUAUAAGUAUAUUUCCUUCAAUUAGAUUAGCAUCUCUGUUAAAGGAACAAAUCAAUGCGAAUUGGAGAUGGCAACGGAAUCGGAUGUUGGUUUUCCUCGUUCUCUGUUA